AUGCAGCCUUUUGUCCUUGCAGCAUUCUGUCCGUGCAACGUUCUGUCCAUGCGACAAUUUUUUGCAACCAUAUGUCCACAACAUUCUGUCCGUGACCAACUGUCCGCGACAAUUUGUCCUGCAACGUUUUGUCGUGCGACAUUUUGUCCAUGCAACGUUUUGUCGGCAACGAUUUGUUCGCGACAUUUUGUGAUGCGACAUUCUGUCCUAGCGCCAUCAAAAUUCGAUUUACGCUACGAAGAUCCAUUCCGAAUAAUCAAACAAAAAUCACCAAAAACGUUUAUAGUACAACACAUAAAAAAACCAACAUUACAACGACAAGUUACCACCGAUGUGUUACUACCAAUAUUUCAACGCAUUUAUUAA